CAAAACGUUAUGUAUGCUACUCGAUUUCGUGCCCCCACACCCUUGACGAGCGAGCCUUGCCCUCUUCUCUUCCCUUCUCUCCUACCGGCGGCAACUACCGGGAAGCCGCCGCCGACCGCCGGAGCGGAGUCGUCGCGGCGGCGAGGGCGAAUCGGUAACCCCCCCCCCUCCGGAGUUCCGGGAUGGGGACGCCGGAGUUCCCCAACCUGGGCAAGCACUGCAGCGUCGGCGACUGCAACCAGAUCGACUUCCUGCCCUUCACCUGCGACCGCUGCGACCACGUCUUUUGCCUUCAGCACCGAAGUUAUACAUCGCAUCAGUGUCCAAAUGCAAAUCAGAAGGAUGUGACUGUCCUCAUCUGCCCACUCUGUGCUAAAGGAGUUCGCCUGAACCCGAACGAAGAUCCAAACAUCACCUGGGACACCCAUGUCAAUAGUGACUGUGAUCCAUCAAAUUACCAGAAAGUAACAAAGAAAAAGAAAUGCCCAGUGCCUGGGUGCAGAGAGACACUGACAUUUUCAAACACAAUUAGAUGCAAAGAUUGCACCAAAGAACACUGCCUGAAGCAUAGAUUUGGACCUGAUCACAAGUGUCCAGGGCCAAGAAAACCGGAAUCUACAUUCCCCUUCGGAAAUAUGCUUAGGAGAAGUCAGAAAGCAGAAUCAUGUUCAAAUUCAAACAGCAGUAGCACUAGUUCAUCCUGGUGGAGCUCUAGUCUUCUUACCGCAGCAACGAGUUUCAAAUCAUCUGCUGAAGCUGGGAUGCAGAAAUUGAGCACAGCAACUACCCAAGCCAUCCAGAAGGCUAAGGAUGGGAUCUCGACAAGCAGCAGUAACAGCGGUGAUCUCGUGGAGCAAUGUGUUCAGUGCCCAGCAAGAUUUUCCACCGUGGGGGCCUUAAUCGAGCAUUGCGAAAAGUCCCAUCAGAGCAACUCGCAAUCAAGUCGUAGCAGAGUGACGGUCGAUGUCUGCCCGAAAUGCAGCAAGGCAUUUCGAGAUCCAGUGUUGCUUGUGGAGCAUGUUGAGAGGGACCAUGGAGGAACGUCAAGAGCGUAGAUCUGCUUAUGUUUACUGUACCUGUGUAACCUGUAAUUUGCUUCUCAUUGGUCAAUGGUCAUCACACUCAAUAGGAUUUGGUUGGAUUGUGCUCUAUUAUUACGGUUGGGUUCAAAAUGUGCCCAUGAAAGAAGGUAUAGUUUGUUGGCUGUUUCAAGGCAAGCCAUUGUGAAUUGAACCUCAUUCUAGACACCAGGAAAUCAAAUUUCUGAUUAGUUAAAACAAUGCGUCGUUUAGAUGGCUA